UCUUCUCCCUUCUUCUUCCUUUCCAGAUAUGGGUUUUCUGAAAUCCACCCCCUUCUCAGUCGCUCACUUAUACACCAACCCUGCACACGCCCCAUCUGUACCAAACCCUCAAACUCUCACACACAGAUCUGUGCCAAACCCUCAAACUUUCCACAUCUGGGUUUUCUGAAACCCACCCCCUUCGCACACACGUGAAACCCUUGCCUACACGCGCCUUCUCUCUCGCCGACCUGACCCAACCCGACGUUGCCUGAAAGCCCUUAACCUCGCCUUCUCCUCCUCAGUUCUUUCGCCCUUUGGAACUUCCUACGCUCGCCAUAUCAGACGAUGCCGGAGAGAUACUCCGGUCGCCAAGAAGAUGGAUCUGUUCGUUUGAGGGGGAGUAAUCCCGUGACUUGGCCAUUGUUGGCCAAAGCCGUGGGUCUCCAUUGCUUGUCUGGGAAAUUGGAAUGAAUUUUGGUAGCUUUAAGUUAUGUUUUUAAGCUUGACUUAAGUGUAAAUUAGCUUGGAUUGGGUUGUGGUGAUUUUGGAGAAAAAUCCCGUGAGACUAGCUAGUGUUUUAGCCAAUUUUGGAAGUUACAGUCACUGUUCACUGCGGAUCACUGUUCAUGGGUAUGUUCAUAGGCACUGUUCACACACCGAGAGCCAAUAAUUAACGGAGAUUUAAAUGUUUAGUUUGUGAUAUAAGAAUAAAUUUGGAGAUGUCCGGUUAUGGGGAGAUGGAUAGAAAUAGCACUGUGAUUAGGGGUAGUGUUGAUGAUGAUUUCAAUUUGAAUUUAUGGUAGUGCGAUAUUAAUUCUUGGAAUAUUGUGAUUAGGUUUUGAUCGUUCUGUCACCGUAGCACUUGGGUUAGCCUUCUGUUCUGUGCGAGUAAGGAAGUGAAACUGAGGACGGGGAAACCGAGGGGAGUGACGAGUUAUAAGGCUAGCCAUUUCGAGAUUGAUAUGGAUUUAGAAAUAAAUCAUGCUCUUGUAAGCUAGAUUGUGAUUGGAGAUUUUAUGAUAUCAGAGCAUAUUGUAAAAUUUUAUCUUGAGAUUUUGUGGUAUCAGAUUGUGAUUUGAAUAAGUUCCGAGCCUUGUG